GCAGUUGCACUUCAUGAGGUUGAUAGUCAAGGUCUGGCUGAUGAGGACCUCGGGGCUGGAGAUGGCGAGGAGAUCGGCGGCCAGAUCGCUGCAGCCGAGGCGCCAGCGGCGCUCGACGGCGCCAGUCAGGCGCCAGCGGCGCUCGAGGACAGCCAGGCGCCCGCGGCGCUCGAGGACAGCCAGGCGCGAGCGGAGCUCGACGACAGCCAGGCGCCAGCGGCGCUCGAGGACAGCCAGGCGCCAGCGGCGCUCGACGACAGCCAGGCGCCAGCGGCGCUCGAUGACAAGGUCGAGGUCAAGCAGGAGCAGAAUCGGCAGGCCAAGAUGUCGACGUCGACGGGGGCUGCGAGCAGUUCGGCGGCGCUGCCUUCGUGGCCCGAUGCAACGCCGAGUAAGCCGAAGAAGCCAAUCAAAAAAGGUAAGGGCAAGCAGUCGCCAGCGAGCACGAGCAAAGGCAAGGGCGAAGGCAAGGGAACAGCAGGACCUGGCAGGAAGGGCGAAGCAAAAGGCAAGGUCAAGGCCACAGGAGCGGGCAAGGGCAGCAAGACGGCACCAAGCUCUUCAUCGAUGACGACUGGAGGCAAAGGCGCGGCCAAGGGCAAGGGCAAGAAGGCUGCCAAGACGAGCGCGGACGCGGAAGGCAGCAACGGCAAGGGCAAGGGCAACGGCAAGGGAAAGACGGAGGCCACCAACGGCAAGGGCAAGGGCAAAGGCAAGGGACAGACGGAGGCCACCAAAGGCAAGGGCAAGGGCAAGGGCAAGGGACAGUCGUCGGAGACCAAGAAGGACCAGGCCCAUGAGGAGAAGGAUGCCAACAUCCAGGAGGCCGAUGACGGCGAAGAGGCAGAGGAGGAGGUGCCGAAAGAGCACGAUGACAUCGUCGAGGAUGACGCGGACGAACUGGCGGACACCAUCAGUAUGAAGGACGUCGAGGAUCUUGAGGCGGAGUACGAGGCGGCAGACGGGACGACAGCGUGGCCCCGGAUGAGGCGCAGGGAAAGCGAAUCGACGAGCACAAUCGACUACAGCACGGGCGCGGGCUACAAAAUGUUCAUCAUGUGCACAGACCGCAUGGCGGAGCGCACGAUGAACAUGCUCGGCGCCGACUCUGGCAAGAAUGCGUCGUGGGAGAUCCUCAGGCAGGUGUGGAGCCAGCUCAAGAAGCAGAAGGUGAGCGACAAGCAGGAGGCCAAGGCCAUCAGGGACAGCAUCAUUGACGGCUACAC